AAACCGGAAAUCCGACAACGCCGCCAAAACCACCGUAAAAACGACGACAAUUGAAUAACCAUCAAUCAGAAACCACCGUCGUGGCAUCGUUUAGCGCCUUCUGUUUUUAUUAAAACGAAGAAAAAACUUUCCAUUUUUUUUCCAUCUAUCCCUCAAAAGAUCUUUCCGAGGAGAGAGUAAAUGGCGGCACUUCUCCCUCUUCCUUCAACUGCAGCAGCAACGGUGGUUAAGUCAUCUAGAAUUUCUGGAAAUUCCGCCAUUUUCAGCUCCUUGAUUCCUUUACGCCGCUUCAAUUCAUUCUCCUCCUUCAAUUCCACUCAUCCUUCUUCUCCUCGGUUGAUUUCUAGCAAGUUUAUUCAAUUCCGAGUCCAAGCAACAAUUUUGCAAGAUGAUAAGGAGAAAGUAGAAGUGGAGGAGUCAUUUCAACCAAAGACCUUAGCAGAUGACAAAGGGAAAGGAAACGGAGAAGCAAUGCCGUUGGGGGACUCAACAGAGUCAACACCCAAUGGUUUUGAGAGAUGGGUCAUCAAGGUAGAGCAGUCUAUCAAUAUCACCCUCACGGACUCAGUGAUAACUAUACUAGAUAGUUUGUAUCGUGACAGAAACUAUGCAAGGUUCUUUGUCCUGGAAACCGUUGCCAGAGUUCCAUAUUUUGCAUUUAUAUCUGUGCUGCAUUUGUAUGAGAGCUUUGGCUGGUGGAGAAGAGCUGAUUACUUGAAAGUCCAUUUUGCUGAGAGCUGGAACGAGAUGCACCAUCUUCUGAUCAUGGAGGAAUUAGGGGGAAAUGCUUUAUGGUUUGACCGUUUUCUUGCUCAGCAUAUUGCGGUCUUUUAUUAUUUUAUGACGGUUUUCAUGUAUGCAAUCAGUCCGAGAAUGGCUUAUCAUUUCUCUGAAUGUGUCGAAAAUCAUGCAUUUGAAACUUAUGACAAGUUUAUCAAGGCCCAAGGAGAUGAACUAAAAAAGCUGCCUGCACCGGAUGUGGCUGUGAAAUACUACACUGGAGGUGACUUGUACUUGUUCGAUGAAUUUCAAACCUCCAGAGUUCCCUGUACCCGUAGGCCAAUAAUAGAAAACUUGUAUGAUGUGUUCCUAAAUAUCAGAGAUGAUGAAGCUGAACAUUGCAAGACAAUGAAAGCUUGUCAGACUCAUGGGAACCUCCGCUCUCCUCACUCGUCUAUAGAAGAUAUUGAUGAUUCGGAAUGCGUUGUGUCUCAAGAUUGUGAAGGUGUAGUUGAUUGUAUAAAGAAAUCAGUUGCUACUUCUCCUGCAAAAAGUAAGUAAUACAUGACACAAGAUAAUAUACAUAUAAUCAUAUAUACCAGAAAUCAAUACAGUGGUAACUUAAUGCAAUAAAAAAGUAUAUUUUGUUGGAAAGGUUACUUGUAGAUGUAGCGAAGUGCUAUAGACUUUGCUGUUCCUACUUCUUACCCUGGAUGCUUACCUUUUGUAAAUACUAAAUAGCUGUUGCAGUUUUUGUAAUUAGGGUCGAAUCUAUAAAUGUUCAAACACACUAAGAAUGUUAAUAUGCUGCAGUUUUUAAUGAGAAGUUGACCAUAUUGUCAGUUAUGAGCUUA